AAUAACAACAACAGAAGUCCAUUUUUUGCAGUUUUUCAGUGAUUUUUAUCGGUGCAAUUGCGGGAAAAUUGUUCGAACGCAAGCUCUGGAUGGUCCAGAAUCAGAAAAGCAUCUCGUAGAAAUCAGCUGAGCGGGAGGAAAAAAGCCUUCCAUCCUCCAUAGCGAGACCCAUAAAAAAGGCAAUUUAUUUUAAUGACCCUUUGUGUCGUUCCGUUUAAUGUAAAAUCAAUAGAGUUUGGACAUGCCUUUUGCAUUUAUUGCCGCUAAACUGCUGUGAAAAAAGUCUCGAAAAGCAACGCAAGAGGAUGGAUUUAAAGUACAGCGAGCAAUUAUUGUGGAAAAAUCCCGCCCAAGUAAUUAAUGGUAGCCUAAUGUUUCCUUCGCCGUCUUCGUCGACGUCGUCAUCGGGUCCGAAUCCCGCAUCCGCAGCACUUCAACACGCGCCGCCACACCUUAAUUUGCUGCAACAACAACAAAACUUGAAUUUACAGCUGGCAGCUGCGGGAAUCUCAAAUCUCCGAGCCGCAAAUCCCGUUUCGUCGAGCAAUAAUUUACCGAAUGGCGUUCCUGUGUCGCAUCACAACAGCACCGCGAAUUCGAAUAACUCGUCUCCGUUACCCGCAAAAUGCAUGAUUUGUGAUAAAAUUUUCCCGACGCAAACCGAGUUGGAGCAUCACAUGAAGCAACAUCAAGUAGCUGACGGCAAGAAACCUUUUACGUGCGAAAUUUGCUCGAAAUCCUUCAUUCAGAGCAAUAAUUUGGCAACGCACAUGCGAAUUCACAACAACGAGAAAAAUUACGAGUGUUCGUAUUGCGGCAAGAAAUUUUCGCAGUCGAAUAACAUGAAGACGCAUCAGAGGAUCCAUACGGGCGAAAAACCCUACGUUUGCAGCAUUUGCGGAAGAGCGUUCAAUCAAAAGAACAAUUUGUCGACACACAUCAAGACGCAUUCGACAAAUUUGCCCUUUAUUUGUGGCACGUGCGGACUUACGUGCAAAAAUACCACCGAACUCACGCAGCACAUUCGCUAUCACAUGGAUAGCAAGCCCCAUAUUUGCUCCGUGUGCAAUAUCGCCUUCAUGAUGGAAGAUGAACUAACGAAGCACAUGACGACGAAGCAUCAGAACAUCAAGGCGGGUCAGAGACCGUACACUUGCACAAUUUGCCAAAAACAAUUUACACAGUCAAAUAAUCUUAAAACGCACUUCAAAACACACGUCUUUGAAGAUCCCUUCAAAUGCAGUUUUUGUCACCGAUCAUUCCAACAAGCGGAUGAGUAUGAAGAGCACAUUAAGAUUCACGUGUACGACAAACCGUAUGCUUGUCGUUUUUGUCCGAAAAAAUUCAUUCAAUCGAACAAUCGAAACACCCAUGAAAGGACUCACACAGGCGAAAAACCGUAUCUCUGUCCUCAUUGCCCGAAAUCCUUCAACCAGAAAAACAACCUGUCAACGCACGUUCGAAUCCAUACGGGCGAAAAACCCUUCGAAUGCACAAUUUGCCAACGACGCUUCAACCAGUCCAACAAUUUGAACAAACAUUUGAAGACUCACACGGAAAUGGGAAAGAUGCUUUGAUAAGUUUUACUUGUGCUGGACAACUAAGAAAAAAAUCCAAGGCGAAUAAUUCAAAAAAUACGUAUUAAAGUUAAAAUUGACAAAGGAAUACACUACACUUAUUAAAAAAUCGGUACUAUUUUAAACUAAAUGUAAUAGAAAACAUGCAAGUAACUUUUAAGUAUGCUAAAUUAAAAAUUAAAUAGGAACGCUUGUAAAUAUAAUCUAUAGAUUAGGUUAAAAAAUAAUGGCAAAC